AUGGCCUCGCAUGUGCAAGUUUUCUCCCCUCACACCCUUCAAUCAAGUGCCUUCUGUAGUGUGAAGAAACUGAAAGUAGAGCCGAGUUCCAACUGGGACAUGACUGGGUACGGCUCGCACAGCAAAGCCUACAGCCAGAGCAAGAACGUCCCGCCGCCUCAGCCAGCCACCACAACCGUCAGCACCUCCUUGCCGCUCCCAAACCCGGGCCUACCUUACGAGCAGACCAUCAUCUUCCCAGGCAGCACUGGGCACGUCGUCGUCACGUCAGCCAGCAGCACCUCCGCCGCCGGGCAGGCCCUGGGCGGACCACACAACCUGAUGCGUCGCAGCACCGUGAGCCUACUGGACACCUACCAAAAAUGCGGACUCAAGCGCAAGAGUGAGGAGAUCGAGAACACGAGCAGCGUGCAGAUCAUCGAAGAGCACCCACCCAUGAUCCAGAACAAUGCCAGCGGGGCCACGGUCGCCACGGCCACCACCUCCGCUGCCACCUCCAAGAACAGCGGCUCCAACAGCGAGGGCGACUACCAGCUGGUCCAGCACGAGGUGCUGUGCUCCAUGACCAACACGUACGAGGUCCUCGAGUUCCUGGGCCGGGGGACGUUCGGGCAGGUGGUCAAGUGCUGGAAGCGGGGCACCAACGAGAUCGUGGCCAUCAAGAUCCUCAAGAACCACCCGUCGUACGCCCGGCAGGGCCAGAUCGAAGUGAGCAUCCUGGCCCGGCUGAGCACGGAGAGCGCCGACGACUACAACUUCGUGCGGGCCUACGAGUGCUUCCAGCACAAGAACCACACGUGCUUGGUGUUUGAGAUGUUGGAGCAGAACCUCUACGACUUCCUGAAGCAGAACAAGUUCAGCCCCCUGCCCCUCAAGUACAUCCGCCCCGUGCUCCAGCAGGUCGCCACGGCCCUGAUGAAACUCAAGAGCCUGGGGCUCAUCCACGCCGACCUCAAGCCAGAGAACAUCAUGCUGGUGGACCCCUCCCGGCAGCCCUACCGCGUCAAGGUCAUCGACUUCGGGUCCGCCAGCCACGUGUCCAAGGCCGUGUGUUCCACCUACUUGCAGUCCCGAUACUACAGGGCCCCUGAGAUCAUCCUGGGUUUACCGUUCUGCGAGGCCAUCGACAUGUGGUCCCUGGGCUGCGUCAUCGCGGAGCUGUUCCUGGGCUGGCCGCUCUACCCCGGGGCGUCAGAAUACGAUCAGAUUCGGUAUAUUUCACAAACACAAGGCUUGCCGGCUGAAUAUUUAUUAAGCGCAGGGACAAAGACAACUAGGUUUUUCAACCGUGACACAGACUCGCCGUAUCCUUUGUGGAGGUUGAAGACCCCGGAUGACCAUGAAGCAGAGACGGGUAUUAAGUCGAAAGAAGCGAGGAAGUACAUUUUCAACUGUCUGGAUGACAUGGCGCAGGUGAACAUGACGACGGACCUGGAGGGCAGCGACAUGCUGGUGGAGAAGGCAGACCGGCGGGAGUUCAUCGACCUGUUGAAGAAGAUGCUGACCAUAGAUGCCGACAAGAGAAUCACCCCGAUCGAGACCCUGAGCCACCCCUUCGUCACCAUGGCGCACCUGCUCGACUUCCCCCACAGCACGCACGUCAAGUCAUGUUUCCAGAACAUGGAGAUCUGCAAGCGCAGGGUGAACAUGUACGACACGGUGAACCAGAGCAAAACCCCCUUCAUCACACACGUGGCCCCCAGCACGUCCACCAACCUGACCAUGACCUUCAACAACCAGCUGAACACUGUCCACAACCAGCCCUCAGCGGCGUCCAUGGCUGCGGUGGCCCAGCGGAGUAUGCCCCUGCAGACGGGGACAGCCCAGAUCUGCACCCGGCCGGACCCCUUCCAGCAAGCUCUCAUCGUGUGUCCCCCUGGCUUCCAAGGACUGCAGGCUUCGCCCUCUAAGCACGCGGGCUACUCCGUGCGCAUGGAAAAUGCGGUUCCCAUCGUCACACAAGCCCCUGGAGCUCAGCCUCUUCAGAUCCAACCAGGACUGCUUGCCCAGCAGGCCUGGCCAAGUGGGACCCAGCAGAUCCUGCUUCCCCCAGCGUGGCAGCAGCUGACAGGAGUGGCCACCCACACAUCAGUGCAGCACGCCACUGUGAUCCCGGAGACCAUGGCAGGCACGCAGCAGCUGGCUGACUGGAGGAACACGCAUGCUCACGGCAGCCAUUACAAUCCCAUCAUGCAGCAGCCUGCGCUGUUGACUGGUCAUGUGACCCUUCCAGCAGCCCAACCCUUGAACGUGGGCGUGGCCCACGUGAUGCGGCAGCAGCCAACCAGCACCACCUCCUCCCGGAAGAGUAAGCAGCACCAGUCUUCUGCGAGAAACGUCUCCACCUGUGAGGUGUCCUCCUCUCAGGCCAUCAGCUCCCCUCAGCGGUCCAAGCGCGUCAAGGAGAACACGCCUCCCCGCUGCGCCCUGGUGCACAGCAGCCCGGCCUGCAGCUCCUCCGUCACGUGCGGGUGGGGUGACGGGGCCUCCAGCACCACCAGGGAGCGCCAGCGGCAGACCAUUGUCAUUCCUGACACCCCCAGCCCCACGGUCAGCGUCAUCACCAUCAGCAGCGACACAGAUGAGGAGGAGGAACAAAAGCACGCCCCCACCAGCACUGUCUCCAAGCAGAGAAAAAACGUCAUCAGCUGUGUCACAGUCCACGACUCUCCCUACUCCGACUCCUCCAGCAACACCAGCCCCUACUCCGUGCAGCACCGUGCCGGGCAUAGCGCCAGCACCUUCGACACCAAGGCCAGCCUGGAGAGCCACUGCACCGGGAACCCCCGGACCAUCAUCGUGCCGCCCUUGAAAACCCAAGCCAGCGAGGUGUUGGUGGAGUGUGACAGCCUGGUGCCAGUCAACAGCGGCCACCACUCGUCCUCCUACAAGUCCAAGUCCUCCAGCAACGUGACCUCCACCAGCGGUCACUCUUCAGGGAGCUCGUCGGGAGCCAUUGCCUACCGGCAGCAGCGGUCAGGCCCCCACUUCCAGCAGCAGCAGCCACUCAAUCUCAGCCAGAUGGCUCAGGCUCCGUACUCCUUCCCACACAACAGCCCCAGCCACGGCACUGUGCACCCCCAUCUGGCUGCCGCGGCCGCCGCCGCCCACCUCCCCACCCAGCCCCACCUCUACACCUACACGGCGCCCGCGGCCCUGGGCUCCACCCCCUCCACGGCCCUGGGCUCCCCCCCCUACACCUACACGGCGCCCGCGGCCCUGGGCUCCACCGGCACCGUGGCCCACCUGGUGGCCUCCCAAGGCUCAGCGCGUCACACCAUGCAGCACACUGCCUACCCGGCCAGCAUCGUCCACCAGGUCCCCGUGAGCAUGGGGCCCCGGGUCCUGCCCUCGCCCACCAUCCACCCGAGUCAGUAUCCAGCCCAGUUUGCCCACCAGACCUACAUCAGCGCCUCUCCAGCCUCCACCGUCUACACUGGAUACCCACUGAGCCCCGCCAAGGUCAACCAGUACCCUUACAUAUAAACACUGGAGGGGGGGAGGGCGAGGGGAGGAGGGGGCGGAGGAGGGACAGGUGGGAGCUGGGCUUUUUAUACUGAAGGCACCGCACACAAACAAUGCAAACGGGGCAGGGGAGGGGGCUGGGGUCGGUGGGGACACAGUGAAACUUGAACUAGGAAGUGAGAGGACUUAGAGCAGAGAAGAGGACAUUUCCAGAAGGAAGGGAUUAAGAAGGAGGGGAAUCUAUGCUUUUUAUUUUGAAAAAGAAAAAAAAAGAAAAUGUCAGUAACAAAAGAAAAAAAAAAAAGAAAAGAAAAGAAAACCACAGCUCACGAACCCAUCUGCACCAAACUGGAAAGGAGAAGUGGAGAGCCACGGGAAGAUUCCGGAAGUGGGGGGCCCCAGUUCGCGAAGAACUUUAUCUAUGAACUUUACAAAGAUUAUUUUCAUAUGGCAGCAAGUAACACUUAAGAAUUUGCUGUCAGGGAUACCUGAUACGGAAAUCCAAUAGAUUUUUAAUGACGGAACAUAAGCAUUAGGGAUUUUUCCAGAACUCUAAAAGGUCAGCAGCCCUCUUGGAGGCUGACAUUGGUGGCUCGGUCUGAGGUUGGCAAAGCCCAAUUCUGGCUCAUUUGUCAGGACUGAUGGGGGACGGCCAGGCCCAAGGACGACCCCCCCCCCAACCCCGGGAGAGGAGACCUCUCUCCCCACCCCGGGAGAGAGCAUUGGUCUCUUUCAGAGCGCUCUGGAUAAAUCCCUAAACAAUGUUAUUCCUCAGAUGUCAUUAACGAUGUGUGUGGCAAACUUUGGUUUUCUUUUUCCUGGAGAUUUCUUUUCUCUUCGAAUCAACCCCUCCCACGUAGGUAGGGCUAGCGGUCGUGCCGACGCCUCUAGAAUGUAGCGCUCUGACCCUCCUUUUCUACUUUUGUUCGACCCCAAUGAUACCAAUAGAAUAUUCCUCAAUGUAAUUGCACAAAAAAAAAGUGAUAGAACACAGGCAUGUAACCAAUGUGGUGGUCCAGGUGCGCGGAGCCAGGCCCGGCGCGCCCUCCCCGCCCGCACCGCCCGGCUCCCGCGGCCUUGGCUUUACAUCAUGUCCCUCCUAGUGCCUUACGAGCGACAGACGCGGGGUGAGGGUUCCCUUCCACGGUACUCCGAGAAGCCGACCGAGGCGAGGCCCAGUCUCGGCUUCUUCUGUGCUGUUGUAACAUUUUACUCUGCUCUUUCCUUAUUUCGUUUUAUUUUAUUACAUUCUAAUACCUGUUGUCUUUCUUGGGCCCUCGGCUAGUCGAAGGGCCGGGGAGCUGGCAGGGCCUAGAAGAGCCCAUCGGCCCGGAGAGAUGUGGGCGCUGGAUGGCGGGCAGGUGAUGGUUUUACUUGGGGGGAAAUGCAAGACAGACCCCCCCCCUCACCCUCACCCCACUCUGCCCCCAGCUGUGCCAUGCGUGGGAGAGAUGGCUGCCUCCUCCAAGACAGAAGGGACAAAGUGGAGGGGCGGGGUGCCCAUCUCAGCGGGGGGCCCCCCCGCCGUGCUGGGCCUUCCCUGACUGCACUGGCUGGCGGCCCCUCUCCUCUGGUUUCCAGGUGGUGUUAGGCUCUCAAAGAUUUGCCCAGUCCCUCUCUCUCUAGUCAGCUGGUCCUUCCCUCACAUGACCCGACCUCCCCAAGACGAGACUUCGGUUUUGGGUUUUCGAGAGGUCUGCUGGGUAGAAGGUGGAGGGAUGCUUUGAGGGUGGCCAGCAGGCCUCACACAGCACUUUGGAAAACACUCCCACAGUUACGUUUCCAAAGAAAUGUGCCCUUUGCCCUCUUUGCACCAUUGAUGUGGUUCUGGAAGCUUCCUCAGGCUUUGAUCACUGCUGCAAGCGUUGGGGGUGGGGGUCUGUUCAUUCACUGCAAAUGACUCCUAAGCGCAUGAAUGUGGGGAGACUCUGUGGGUCAGUUUAGGGUUUUGAAGGGUGGUCCUAACUUGUUGACUCUCCACGCUAAGUCCUUCACUGACUCCCAGAGCCAGGUGUCCAGGUGCAGCGAUGGCUCCGGGGCCUGGCGCCCAUCCUCCGCCCUUCCUACCCUCACUCUGCGUCUCCCUCAGCCAUCUACUGUGAACGGUGUUUUAAGCAACAUCCGACCUAAUUUAGUAACGAAGCCGUUACCUUAGCUCUUAGCUGUGAAAUGUGAAAUCGCUCUGGAAACUUCCCCUCCCCAGCUAUCAGUCGUACUUAAUCUUGCAAAGAAAUAGGUCCCCAAACUAGAACCAGCUUAGUCCAGGCCUUGGCUGGGAAGGAGAACACCAUGACCUGCUCAAGGCCGGGGCACCCUCAGGCAGCCCCCCGGGGUCCCUGCGGCAGCAGGCCAUGCCCUUCUGGGAGCGGGGACUCGCAAGAUGGCAGCAAAUGGCCAGUCCAGAGAGGGUGGGGAGACGAAAGCCUUUGGAGGACGCCUGCCGGAGCCCCCAAAGCCCACCAGCCCCCCCGAACCCCCUCCCACAGGGACUGUGGAAGCCAGAGGGCAGCGACACCCAGCAGAGCCCCUGUCGCCCUUUGCAGUCAUCUUGGCUGCAGACGAGUCUCCGUUUGCCUUACUGGGCAGCACCCUGGACCCGCUCGCAGAGUCCACUUCCAGCCCUUUCUAGAGCUGACCUUUAGGGAAAAAGACAACCGAGCCUUCCAUUUUUAAAGAGAAUUCUUUCGUCUGUUAGGUCAGCGGUCUCGUACUCUUCGACCCGAUGUCUUUCCUUUUCUUCCACAUCAGGAAUGAAAGUUCCAUGCUGCUCAUAAAGAUAAUAUUAUUGUACUAAUUAUUUUGAUUAUUACCAUUGUAAUUAUUAUCAUAUCGUUGUGUUGAUAUUUUAGUUGGGGUUUUAAGUGCACAUUUAUUCCAAGUACCUUUGUGUUUUUCUCUUUAAUAUUUAAACUUAUUUUAUUAUAGCUGUGAGUAUCUGAGUGGACUGAAGGGACAUACAGAUGUCCAGUUUUGUCAAACAGAAAGGAAAAAGGAAAGACUGAGGAAUUAGGAAAGUCGUCUCUGUCAUCCUUGUUCCAACAAGAGCUGUCAGGAAAGCUCCACCAGAGAACAGAAGUUUGAAGACGAUGCAAGGCCUUUCUCCUCGAGCCAGACUGGGCUCGUGGCCACGGGGUCAC